CGGCGGGAGGAGCUCUUCUGCGGCGCCUGCGCGGGGGCGCCCUCGUCUUCUCUUUGUUGGGCGUCGGGGGUUGGGCGCCAUUUUGCGCGGCGGCUGAGUGGAGGCGCUGAUUGGGUUUCGGGGACCGGUGGCGGAGCCAAUCAGAGCGGGACCCGAACCGGGGGAGCAAGGCACGGUUUCCACCUGACGAUUGGCUAAAGGAUUGGCACUAGAAAAACUAUGGAGCAGUACACAGCAAACAGCAAUAGCUCGACGGAACAAAUAGUUGUGCAGGCGGGACAAAUUCAGCAACAGCAGGGCGGUGUCACUGCUGUCCAGUUGCAGACUGAGGCUCAGGUGGCAUCUGCCUCAGGCCAGCAAGUCCAGACCCUCCAGGUAGUCCAGGGUCAGCCACUGAUGGUACAAGUGAGUGGAGGCCAGCUGAUCACAUCAACUGGUCAGCCAAUUAUGGUACAGGCUGUACCUGGGAGUCAAGGUCAGACCAUUAUGCAAGUACCAGUUUCAGGAUCACAAGGGCUUCAGCAGAUUCAGUUGGUCCAACCUGGUCAGAUUCAGAUUCAGGGUGGGCAAGCUGUGCAAGUCCAGGGCCAGCAGGGCCAGACACAGCAAAUCAUCAUCCAGCAGCCACAGACUGCAGUCACUGCUGGCCAGACUCAGACCCAGCCACAAAUCGCAGUCCAGGGGCAGCAGGUAGCUCAGACGGCAGAGGGCCAGACAAUUGUCUAUCAACCUGUUAAUGCUGAUGGAACGAUUCUUCAACAAGUUACAGUCCCUGUUACAGGCAUGAUCACCAUUCCGGCAGCCAGUUUGGCUGGAGCACAGAUAGUCCAGGCUGGCACCAACACCAACACAACCAGCAGCGGACAAGGGACGGUAACUGUGACGCUGCCUGUGGCUGGAAAUGUGGUUAAUUCUGGCGGGAUGGUCAUGAUGGUCCCAGGCGCUGGAUCUGUGCCAGCUAUCCAGAGGAUACCUUUGCCUGGAGCUGAGAUGCUUGAAGAAGAGCCCUUAUACGUGAAUGCUAAACAGUACCACCGAAUUCUGAAAAGGAGGCAAGCAAGAGCUAAAUUGGAAGCAGAAGGGAAAAUACCUAAAGAGAGAAGGAAAUAUCUGCAUGAGUCCCGGCACCGUCAUGCCAUGGCAAGAAAACGAGGAGAGGGUGGACGGUUCUUUUCACCAAAAGAAAAAGAUGGCCCUGAUAUGCAGGAUCCUAGCCAGGCAAAUGAAGAAGCAAUGACACAGAUGAUUAGAGUAUCCUAACAACCAGCUAAAGAACAAAGCAUCUGGACAAAUACUUUGUCUCUCUGCAACUGUUCCCUACCCUACCUAUCAAACAAACUUCUGAAUGGGAAGAUUUGCCAUAUGCACAGCCUGUUCUCUUUUCCAGAACAAAUACUGCACUCUCAUUGAGUGGUUUGUUUUAGGAUUUUAACUGCAGUGGACUCGGCAAACGGAAACAUCUCUGGACUUUUGUUAUCCACACACCCAGUUCAGACCAGGGAGCUGAAAAGUCUGACCCAGCAGGUCUUUAACAUCUGUGACAAUGACAGUGGCCCAGCUUGAAACUGCCACUGCCUCAGCAAUAACUGGCACGUUGAAAUAGGGCUAGCGACACCAUUUGGAAGCCAUGGCUCUUGAACUGCCCAGGAAUGCUAAUAUUUGAAGCAGCCCACACUGGCAUGGUUUUGUUUUCUCAAUGCAGCCUUUUCGGUCCCGGCUGAACUUCACAACCUCAGACUUUCUGUUUUCGGGCAGCACAACUUUCCACUGCAGAAGCAUCUUCUCUGAUUAAAAUUAUGAUAAGAUGCUGGGAGUUCUACUCUAGAUAAAUUGACAUCUUGCUUUCGGGACAAAAUUCAUCAACCCUUGUAAAAAGUAUUGGGAAAGUCAUGUGACUGGAGGAUAAUGCAUGCAUGUUCCAAGGGAUGGCAAGGAGGUUGCAUAAUGGCCCUACGACUGUUCACAGGUGGGGGCAAUAAGCGAGUGUUGAAGCUGGAAAGUGCUUGUGAUGGCUGAAAUCGUGGGAAAGCUCACUGACUGGAUCUUCCCACAGUCUGUUAAAAUGGCUGUGUUUAUUCCCAAAUACUCAAACUGGCCCUGUUCUUGACACAGUUGUUCUCCAAGAUCACUGGAUUAGAUUCUGUUCUGUGAGCAUUAGUCAAGAUACAACACCCGUGUAAUUGCCCCAACCAUUGCAUCCUGCUGUAGCUCAGACUGUUUUGCAAAUGAGAAUUGAUAUGGAUAGUUGUUUCAAGCUUUAUACAUAAUGAUCUUUGUAAAUCUGGCACUUAAUAAUUCUGUAGCUAUCAAUUUCUGUUGGAAAUGGCACUUCUCUUCCUGCCCCCACCCCUCUUGUGAUGGCCCCAGAUGAGUUUUGACUAUUUGGUGCUGAAUCAUGAUGAGAAGGGGGAAAACAAGGUUUGAUUUUUUUAUGUCACACGACCAUUCAAAAUGUGGGGUUUGAUUCAAGAUUCUUUCUGGCAAGCACCGCUUUGCUGCCUCUUUCACCUUAUCACUGCUCAUUUAGGUACUGCCGUAAUGUCCAGCUAGCAUUAUAUUCUGCUUUUGUAUGUUCACAGGCUUAUGUUUAAGCCUGCAUUGCUUACCAGGAUUGAAAGCGGAGGAGGACUGGAGCAGGCGCAUCACUGAAAAAUGAGAGGUGAACUGCACAACGAAAGCAGUAGCAAUACAGGAGUGCUGCAUAGAAAAGAAGAGGCCUGGGUGUUGACCAUUCAGUUUUUUAGAGGAGUCUCUUGGCUUUGGAACAGGUGCCAUUGUUUGGUGAAAGCUCUCGCUAGUGGAAAAAAAAAGUAGAAAUUAUUCUUCACUUGAUCUUGCAGUUGCUUGGGGGCAGGCCACCUUCACAAGACUUCUUUUCAUAUCUUAAAACGGAGGGAGGACUUGAGAGUGUGCGUGUGAAUGAUUGGUCCCAGGAAAUGAAAAUUUCAGAGAACAACCGAUUCAACAGGGAUGCCAACCCUGAAGUGGGUUUGAUGAAAACAGUGUGAUACUUCAUGCGGAGCAGAGUUUAAGUGGUUUAUGGUUACCUGAUGUUGCAGUGCCCUAACUUAAGCUAUUGGAAGCAUAUAAAGAUAUGUAUUGUUUAAUUUUGUACUGACUACUCAAGUCAUUUUUAAGCCUGCGUGCAAGUUGUAUGUUUCUAGAUGUUUGUUUUUUAAAAAAAUAAAUAAACCUGAUAGCCUUUGUAUUCACUCCUCUGCAUCUUAACCAUCCUGGGUGCCUUUGAUUACCUCUGUGGUAUUCAUCAGCUGGCUGCUUCAGUGUCAUCUAGCAUUUCUCUUCACUGGCUCUAACAAAUAUUCAACUAAGGGUUUAGGUGACUGUAGUAGUGAAGGAUCAAUGAAUGCUUUGGGGGGUAUUUUUUUUUAGCAUUAUUGUAAAUAUUAAAAGCAUUGGUACGUCCUAAGGUAGUGAUAGGCAUGGUGAGGUUAAAAUACUGUAUAGACUGGAUUAAAGACAUUUCUCUCUGACUUCCCCCUUUCAGUUGUCAGCUUUAUCACUGCAAACUGGGAUGUUAAGGGAAUCAAGGUUCUCCUUAUUUGUGUGUGUAAAACCCUCACAAGACAUUUUCAACUUAAAAAGAUCUACCCCUUUCCCCACAUUUGAAAAACAACAAUAUUGGUCUUUGUGAUAGCUAUAUGUAGAUGAUGGAGACACAUAUUUAAUUUUGGGUCUUUAGAGAAUUUCUAUAGUUUUUUCUGUAAUGGUGUAAAAUGUCCUGAUAGGAUCUAUUAUACCAAUGGCUUAGACUUCAUGUGUGUAGGUCAAACUUACUUCAAAAUAUUUGUUACUAUUGGGAGUCUCAAACUGCAAUAUGUUGCAAAAUGUUCUGUUCCUAGGUUAAAAACAGAAGUAAUGCCAAAUGCAAAGUCUUGAUUAAAAGUCAGACCAUGAAAUAUUUAAUUGGCGAUAGAGUUAAGGAUGAGAUUGUAGUGAGUUCUGAGGGAAGUGUAAAUUCUUCUGUUGACCUAUAAAGCACUGGAACAUUGAGCCCAUUUAAAGCGGUUUGAUACUUACGGGGUCGAGUAGCAACCCUUAACUAAUGCUCGACUUUUUUCAGAUACUUUGCAUGUAAAAAAAACCUAUUUCUUGGUUGUGAAUGGGGAUGAGGGGCAUUGAUAUUUGUGAAAUUGUAAGGCAAAGUUUGUAUAUAGUUCAAAAGUUUAUAAUUUUUUAUGCUGCAUUUUGAAGUGUAUUUUGUCUUUAAUAGAUACAAUUGUAAGUACUGUGUACACUAUCCAGCCAAUAAAAUGUUUAUAAAAUA